GAAGCCCUAGCUGACCAACAACACCAUCAUGGGUCGCACGUCCAAGGAUAAGAGAGACAUCUACUACCGGAAGGCCAAGGAGGAGGGGUGGCGGGCUCGCAGCGCGUUCAAGCUGCUGCAGAUCGACGAGGAGUUCGACAUCCUCCACGGUGUGUCUCGAGUGGUGGAUCUUUGUGCUGCUCCCGGUAGCUGGUCCCAGGUGUUGAGCCGUCGUGUGUACCUCCCAGCAAAGAAGGCAGCCGCGGAAGCAGCCAGAGCAACAGGAGCAGCGGCACCGUCACUACCACCACCGCCAGCAGCAGCAGCAGCAGCUUCAGCGACAGCGGAGCAGGAUACAGCAGCACAGGAGCAGCAGGGUGCAGCAGAAACCGGGCGGAGUGAUGGAGGGGGCAGAGAGGGGGAGAGAGAAGGGGGGAAUGCGGGUGCAGGGAAUGCGGGUGCAGAGGCAGUGGAGGGGGAAGAGAGGGCAGGGGUGGUCGAGACAGAAGGGGUGAUUGCAACACGGGAUUCUGCUGGAGCAGCAGCAGUCGAGCUUCCCUUGAUCGUGGCCAUUGAUUUGCAACCAAUGGCUCCGAUUGAAGGGGUGAUUCAGAUUCAGGGAGACAUCACGAGUGCAGCGACGGCCCAGCUGGUCAUUGAUCACUUUAAAGGGCGUCAAGCAGACCUCAUCAUAUGCGACGGAGCGCCUGAUGUCACGGGGCUCCAUGACUUGGAUGAAUUCGUGCAAGCACAGCUCAUCCUCGCUGCGCUGGUGAUUGUGACGCACACGCUGUGCCCCGGGGGCUCGUUUGUGGCGAAGAUCUUUCGCGGCAAGGACAUCAGCCUGCUGUACUGCCAGCUGCGCGUCUUCUUCCGCCACGUCACCUGCGCCAAGCCCAAGUCCAGCCGCAACUCCUCCAUCGAGGCCUUUGUGGUGUGCCGGGGGUACCACCCCCCAGAGGGAUUCCACCCCUCUCGUCUGCGGGAGGUCUUACACGGCACUGCUGCCACCGCUGCUGGCAAAGCAGCCGCUGAAGGCUCAGAUUGCCUAUCUGCCGGCCUGGACGGCCCAGAUCGGCUGUUUGUGCCGUUCCUGGCGUGUGGCGACCUUUCAGGCUACGAUGCAGACCAGUCUUAUCCCCUCAACCUCCCCUCCACACUCUCACACGCACACUCGCCCUCACACUCGGACGCUGCAGAAGUGCCGUACCGGCCGCUGGCCCCCGUGCAGCCGCCCAUUGCGCCUGCGUAUAAGACGGCUCUGGAGAGGCAGAGGCAAGGAGGGAGAGCGCGAGCUGGGGGUGUGGUGGUGCCUUAGAUGGCUGCUGUGAUUGAGUAGAAGGUAUUAAUUACGCUCUGGAAGAGAAGCAGAGGCAGGGACGCAUUGAGGUUCUGGUCUGGACUGCCACGAGGCCUUGUUUAGAGAUGGGAAAGGCUGGUACCGUUACAGUAAGUCGUUCCAGCUGCAUGGUGCUGAUCUGAUCUGAUUGUAGCUCAUAUGUGGUCACAUACUGCACUGUCUAGACCUUCUUUGGAGUUCUGACAGGCUGAGCUUGAGGCAAAUUGAAUGCCUAGGAGC